UUGGUCGACAAGUCCUUCAAUCAGGACUUCAGACUCGUGUUUGUUGUUUGCGAGACACUCCUAGAGGACACUCUUCUCUAUUCGUUAUCUCACACCCGAGAAUUGUCUAAAAAAAAACGUCGAUUAGAGAAGAAGAAGAACUAUAUCUUAGAUAAGAAUAUGAAACUAAUUAUUUCGAUAAUUUGUUUAAUAUUAUCGUUUGAAACGAUACGAACUCAAGCCGUACCGCCGAGUGCUCCACAUAUUAAUACCGAUUGUGGGCAGAACUCGACGUUCAAGCGGUGUCUGACCCGAUGUCCGGUCACGUGUAGUAAUUACUCGAACCCACCGAAGGGUUGUGUUAGGAAUUGUGCGAUCGGUUGUGAGUGUCAUCAGGGGUUCAUUAAAGUAGAUAAGGGGGCCUACAGUCAGUGCGUCCGCCCCUUCGAGUGCGCACUGUAUGGCAAAAAACCCGCAAUUUUGGCCAAAAAUACUACUAUUUUA